AACGCUUACGAAGGCGACGGACGAACGACGAAUCAGUUGUCAGUUCGAAUCCAACUAGAAAGUUUCGAGCAAGUCCGUGUCUCUUCGCUUGCGGUUGAAAGCCACGAGCUUAAGCAAAACGCCGCAAAAAAUUGUUCAGUAAUCCCAAAAGUGUUUGUGUGUGUGAGCAAGAAAUUAUGCCCGAAGAAAUCUAAAAUCUAAAAGAAAUAAUACGCAAAUCCCGUAAUAAAAUUUAAAAAAAAAAUAAAGAAAAAACCGCACAAGUUUUGCUCAAAACAACAACACAAAUUACCGCAUAAAAAACAAACAACAGUGCAAACUAACAAGAAAAAUAAAGUAAAACAGUGCCAAUUUAAAAAGCAACUAAAAACGCAGAUCAGCAAAUCCACAAAAUCAACAGAAAACUAUAUAAUCGCAGUCAACACCAAGGAGCAGCGAUUUAGCAAGCAACUUAACGAGCAAACUCCCCUGCGGCAACUUUUGGCGGGAUAAAGAACUAAUCGCAAUAUAUCUGCGACUGCUUCGACAUUUUCUGAGGCUGGCUGGAGGAGAGCUUGAGCUAGCUUUGAGCUUGAUUUUGAGGAGCCACCAAAGCCGCAACGCUGCAACUGCACAACGACCUGCUCUACCCGAUGAUGGACGGCUUUGCCCAGGACUGGCCCACGCUGACCCACACAGACAAUGGCCUGGGUUCGGCCAUGGAUCAGCUGGGGGUGGGCGUGGUCGGUGGCGUAGGAGUGGGCGAUUUACCCGGUGAUGUGGGUUUUGAGCCACAAACUCGCGCCAGAUCCAACACAUGGCCCUGUCCACGUCCAGAGAACUUUGUGGAGCCCGUCGAUGAGCUGGAUAGCACAAAGGCCAGUAAUCAGCAAUUGGCUGCCGGAGACUCACAGCAGGCUAUACAGAACGCGAAUGCGGCCAAAAAGAACUCAUCGCGUCGCAAUGCUUGGGGUAAUCUCUCCUACGCGGAUCUCAUCACGCAUGCCAUUGGCUCGGCCACCGACAAACGACUGACUCUGAGCCAGAUCUACGAGUGGAUGGUCCAGAAUGUGCCAUACUUCAAGGACAAGGGCGAUUCGAAUAGCAGUGCUGGAUGGAAGAACUCCAUCCGUCACAAUCUGUCGCUGCACAACCGCUUUAUGAGAGUGCAAAACGAGGGCACCGGCAAGUCCUCCUGGUGGAUGCUCAACCCCGAGGCCAAGCCCGGCAAAUCGGUGCGUCGUCGUGCCGCCUCCAUGGAGACAUCGCGGUACGAGAAGCGACGUGGACGGGCCAAGAAGCGUGUGGAGGCACUGCGUCAGGCCGGUGUUGUUGGUCUAAACGAUGCCACGCCCUCGCCAAGUAGCAGUGUAUCCGAGGGAUUGGAUCAUUUUCCGGAGAGUCCGCUGCACAGUGGCGGCGGCUUCCAGUUAUCGCCCGAUUUCCGGCAGCGCGCCUCCUCCAAUGCCAGUUCCUGCGGACGCUUGAGUCCGAUCCGCGCCCAGGAUCUCGAGCCCGAUUGGGGCUUCCCCGUUGACUACCAGAACACAACGAUGACCCAGGCCCAUGCCCAGGCGCUGGAAGAGCUAACGGGCUCCAUAGCGGACGAGCUGACGCUGUGCACCCAACAGCAGCAGCAGCAGCAAGGAUUCAGUGCCGCCUCCGGGUUACCCACGCAGCCACCCCCGCCGCCCUAUCAGCCGCCGCAGCAUCAGCAGCAGGCGCAGCAGCAGCAACAGUCACAGUACGCCCUCAAUGGCCCCGCCCUCAAUGCCAGCGGCUAUAAUACGUUGCAGCCACAGUCGCAGUGCCUGCUGCAUCGCUCCCUCAACUGCAGCUGCCUGCACAAUGCAAGAGAUGGCCUAUCGCCAAACUCCGUGACCACCACAAUGUCGCCCGCCUAUCCAAACAGCGAGCCCUCCUCGGACUCCCUGAACACGUACAGCAAUGUGGUGCUCGAUGGAACCACGGACGCUGGUUCGCUUCUUGUCCAGCAGCAGCAACAGCAGCAGCAGCAGCAGCUGGAAGAUAAUAACUGCGCCUCUACUUUGAUAGGACAAUGCCUGGAGGUGCUCAACAAUGAGGCGCAGCCGAUAGACGAAUUUAAUUUGGAGAACUUUCCAGUGGGGAAUCUGGAGUGCAAUGUAGAGGAGCUUUUACAGCAGGAAAUGAGCUACGGCGGCCUGCUGGACAUCAACAUACCCUUGGCCACUGUGAACACCAACCUGGUCAACAACAGUGUCGGCGGUGGCUCGACCCUUAGCAACCUCAGCAACCUCAGCGGCCUCUGCAAUCUGAGCAGCAAUUCCGGCAGUAAUCCCAGCCUGAAUCAGCUGCAGGCUCAGCUCCAACAGCAGCAGCAACUACAACAACAGCAGCAGCAGCAACAGCAGCAGCAACAACACCAGCAGCAGUUGUUGCUUAAUAACAACAAUAACAACAGCAGCAGCAGCAGCAGUCUAGAUUUGGUGACACAAACGGCCAGCACAAACCUAAACGCACGAGUCCAGUACUCACAGCCCAGUGUGGUCACCUCGCCGCCCUCCUGGGUGCACUAGAUCCGAUGAUCCACGAUGAUCCAUAGUCGUUAGGUAACAAGUGUGUGUGUGCUUGAGUGCAUGUGUGUUGUUUGUGUCGCCAAUGGAACGCUUUAAAACGCUAAUUCUAAGGACAAUAGUGUAAAGUGGAAGCAAAGGAAGUUGCCGCAACAGCAGCUGCAGGAUCAGUGAGCAGGAGAGAAGGCAGAAGCCGCAGCUGGUUAGCCACUAAAAAGUUUACAAAGAUAAAUCUGGUCGCUUCUAAUCUAACAUACAUACAAUACAUAUACAUAGAUAUAUAACUACAUAUAUAUAUAUAUAUAUAAUAUGCAUUACAAAUAGAAAACGAAGCAUACAAAUAAUACCAAUUAAUCACCAAUAAUUAGAUGCUACCAUCAUUAGUAAAAUUCUCUGUUGUGGCAAUGCAAAAAGGAAAAGGAAAACUAAAAACAAGCAACUUUGUCAGCUAUCGAGGGAAAAUUUUGAAUUGAAAAGAAACCACGGUUUAGUCAUUAAGUUCAACUUUGUACAUAUUAAUUUUAAUAACCUUGACGUAAUGCAACAACCAACCAACAAAUAAUAAUAAUAAUAAUAAUAGAACCUCUACUGAUAAUGAAAACAAGCGUAAAACGUAAACUAAAUGUUCGGACAACUAAAUGGAAAACUAUAUUCAUUCGUCAAGCUAUCAUGGAAAGAAAAUAAGAAAUAAUACGAGAAAAACAAAGGCAAGAAAACCUACAACAACAAACAAGAAAUUAGCACAAUUAUGUAAUAAUUUAUGCUUAAUUAAUGUAUUUAAUUGAAAACAAAAAAAUCUAAUUGUAAUUGUAUAUUUUUUCUAUAAACAAAAAGAGCAAACGAAACCCUUAAAGAAGAAACUUGUGUAAAAAUUAUGCUUAAGAUUCGUAAUGGAAUACGUAAUAAAUUCUCCGGUUAGUUAGCAUCAGGAUCAGCUUACGAUUAAACCCUCCCCACCCCCCAAAUCCCCUUUUGUUACCCACAAAUAAUAUGUAGAUUGUACGCAUUAAACAAACAAACGAUAACAAUGAAAACAUUAAACCAAUUGAAUGUAAUUCAUUGAAAUUUCAAAUAUUAGUAAAUGUAAAUGUUGCUAGGCAAAAAAUUAGGAAUACGAGAAAGAAAAACCACAGAAUAUCCGCAAAAACCCCCAGAAACCCUAAAAACCACAACUAGAAACCAGAAAUAACAAGCAAAUACAACAACAUGCGCAUCAUUGUGUACUAUUAUGGGCUAAAUGUUAAUUAUUAACUAGAUUGUACAAUUCAAAUGUAGUUCAUACUAUUUAAAAUGCAAAAACGGAGUGAAGAUGAAUAAACUGAUGAUUCAAUAUAAGAAACAACACCAA